GGGGAAGUAGGUUGGGAGUGGAUGAUAAGUUUAUUGGGAGCUGGUGAAUGGUCACUGAGGUAAUCUGUAGGAAGCUAGAUUAAGCUUACUUGAAUUUUAAAUUUAAAACAUCAUUUAAAUUUAAUUAACUUAGGCUUGCAAACUAAAAUUGAUAAGGCAAAAAAAAAAAGAAGAGAAUUUUGACCACUGGAUGCAUCCAUCAAAAACCUGCAGAAAUGUGUUUGACACUGAGCACCCACGUCUCAUCCACAGCUUUCAACUUACCAUUGGAUCGGUCCAUUAAAGAUGGCGAAGCUAGUGCCAUUAAUGUUUGUGGUGAUAGUUCUGACAUGUGCUAUAGUUCAUCUUGAGGCAGCUGAGGCACACAAGAGAGACGUGUCCCCAGAAAGGUACCAAAACUUGAUCUACGGCUCCACAGCCACACUGAUAUGUGCAGAUGAGACAUUCAGUCCAUUUGAUUUCCCAUCUGCUAGCUUCCAGUGGAUUUUACCAAGUAGUAAGAAUUUUCAAAUUCAUAUUAAUUAAUGUAUUUGGAUUGUUACAGAUUAGAUAUUUAUAAAAAUACGGAUUGCGGCCCACAGCUAUAGGUUCUAUAAAACACCAUUACACGUUGCCCACAGUGUUUCUUUCAGUUUCCUCCGAGGGAGGGGGCAUUUCAGAAUUUUGAGUGGGCAAAGCCCGUGACCUGGGACGUAUUGCUAAGGAAGGAGAGAAGAGUGGGGACAGAUUUCCCAGGGCAGCAGACUUGCGGGAGGCCAACGCUGGUUUUGUUGAUUAGUUAAUAGAUGAAAAUAAUGGGUUUCAGAGUUGAUAAUCGUGUACCCUGGUGCCAAACUCUCUAUCUACGCCUCUGCCAGUGACGUGGAAAGAGUGGCAGAUGGGGUGGUCCAUCCAAGUGUCACUUUUUUCUUUAUAUGACAGGUUCUUAGAUUAUUUAAAACAAUUUAAUGAGUGUAAAUAGUCAUAUGUUUAGGCUUUUGACAAUAUAAGAUUUAUUUAAUGUGUGUCUGCCUGUGCACUGCAGAUGGCUGGUCAGAAUGUUACCACACUUUGUUAGUGCAAGAGAAGUCAAUAGUUGGCAUCUCUUCACCUGUCAUCUUUCUCUUAACCCGCUCCCUAGAUAGAUUAACACAUCAUUUUACACGGUGUUCAAUUAAAAAAACAACACCAACUCAUCGGUGUUCAAUUACAACUAUACCAACUCAAAGACAGAGAGAGCUUAUGGCAAUUAUUGCUCACACCGACAAUACUUCUAUCUUAAGUGCUGAAUGGUUAGAUAGGAAUGGUGUUGACUAGUCUGGUAUAUCAGUUCCACAAGAUGAAAAUGAUAAAUCAGCUACUAUAGACUAUGCCCAUCAGGGGCGGCAUUUCAGGUAUUUUUCAGGGGAAGGAAGGGGAAGGAAGGGGAAGGAAGGAAAGGGGGGGGGGGCAAAACCAAAACUUGGUCGGCUUGUUAAAUAGUUUAUUACUGGAGGCGCCACAGUACAUAGCAAUUUAAAUAAAACCAGCAAAAUCGGGGUGGGGGGAGGGAUGCCCCCCUGCCCUACCCAAAUGAUGUCUCUGAUGCCCAUUGUUACGAAGUGCAACACCUGGCUCCUCCAUGGGAAGAUAACAGCAGCUAGAAACUAUACUAUAAUUGUCAGCUAUGCUGACAAUAAUGACAUUUAUACUUCCACAAACAAUUAUAUUUAGUCCUUAUCAACCUUUUAAUUGAUUCUGCAUUAUAAAAUUAAAGUGUAAAAACUGUUCAACUUUUUGACUAACAAGCUAAAGUUGUAAUAAAAUGUACACUUUUGUGUUAUUAAAAUUUAAUAUAUAUUUAAUAUAUAUCAGCACAAAGUAAAACAAACAUAUUUAUAAAUUUAUUUAUAUUAAAAUUCAUUUUUUAUGGGGGGGAACGUAUGUUGUCUAGGGGUCGGUCCCCUCUGUACUAGCCACAGAACAAUUUUACAAGGGUCUAGAACCCCUUUAUUUCCAGCUCCUACAGAGCUGACUCUUGCUCCAAGUAUCAACAAACAAUUCAGGGUUUCAGGUUUUCUUAUUUAUUGGCUAUGUGUGCCUAUAUGCCACUACACAAAACAGUUAAAGUUACACAAGUCCUCUUCCAUCCGUAGAAAAACUCACUGCCUUCAUAAGACAAAAAUCAUACACCAUAUCCACAGCACUCGCCACUGUUCACUCCUUCAAAACUCAACUCACACACGUCUUAUUCUCUCCGACACAGCACACCGGUCAAGCUCGUCAGGAGUGUCGGUGAACUCUGACAAAAUCUAGUGGGCACUUCAUGGUACUCGCGACUUGACCCAUUUUUUAAUUUUGUCACCUCGCUUGCAUGGAAGCAGAAGGUGAUAAAUCCAUCAACACCCGUAGGUGUGUUAUUAGAACAUCAGUUUCUUCAUAACCCACAGCAAGCCUAUACUAAUCGGCUCAGAACGUCAGCUAAUACAUUUUCAGCCCCCGGAAUUGGUCUGAUUGUGAAAUUGUAUUCCUGCAAUGUUAAAGCCCAUCUUGCAACCCGGUUAUUUAUGGACUUUGAUGUUUGUAGAACCGUUAACGGUUUGUGGUCAGUCUCAAUUGUGAAGUGACAACCAUAAAGGUAUCUCGAAAACUUUGUGAUUGUCCAGAUGACCCCUAAACAUUCCUUCUCUAUAACCGAAUAUCGUGUCUCGCGAGGCAGCAGUUUCCUACUCACAUAAGCUAUGGGGUGAAGUAGACCAUGCCGUUCUUGCAUUAAGCAACCGCCUAUAGCGGUAUCGCUCGCAUCCGUUCUGAUCACGAACUCACUAUCUAGGUCUGGGAGAAUGAGCAAUGGUUGUGAAGAUAAAGCACGUUGGAGUUUAUCUAACGCCUCGACGCACUCAUUUGUCCACAGAACUUUCUCCGGUUUUCCUUUUUUUGUUAGGUCUGAAAAUAUGCCUGAAAUACCUGCGAAAUCAGGUACAAAUUUUCUGUAGUACCCAAUAAGUCCCAGCAAGCUUCUUACUUGUCUUUUGGUAUGCGGCGGUUUGAUGUUUAUGAUCUUAUUGACAACACCUUGUUUUGGUUUUUGUGUACCCUGUCCAACUAUGUGGCCUAGAAACUCGAUUUCUGUGAAGCCGAUUUCCAUUUUUGUGGGUCGAGCUGUCAGACCUGCGUUUUCCAGUCUAUUCAGUACCUGCUCCAGGGCCUUGUUAUGUUCUUUUAUAGAACUGCCGAAGACGCAAAUGUCAUCAAAAAAACUGACAGCGUUUUUUUGCCCAUCAAGAACCCGGCGCAUGCAGCGUGCAAACGUGGCCGGUGCAUUGCAUAGCCCGAAAGGCAUGUAUCUAAAUUGGUAUAAACCUAAGUCGGUUUGAAACGCUGUAUACUUUCUAGAGUUCUUGUCAACCGGUAUUUGCCAGUAACCUUUAACCAAGUCAAUUUUUGAAAAAUAUUUUGCGUUUCUGAGUUGAAUGAAUAAGUCUUCCUGAUUAGGAAUCGGUUCUGCGUCCGACACGGUUAUUGCAUUUAAUUUUCUAUAGUCGAUGCAGAACCGAGUGGAUCCAUCUUUUUUCUUUACUAACACAAUUGGUGAGGAAUAAGAAGAGGAUGACUUUUCUAUAAUGCCUUCUUUUUCCAUCUGACGAACUUCCUUAAUGAUUGUCUCUUUGGAAGAAAAUGGUAUGGGGUAUGGUCUUAGACAGAUGGGUUUGUUAGUAGUUACUUCAAUGGAAUGAGUAACUAGAGAUGUCUUUCCUGGUAUAUUUGUAAUUGUGUUGGUGUAUUUAUGUAAUAUAUCCUCAAUUAUUUGUUUUUCGUACUGAUUGAGAUCUGGAUUGAUCCUUACAUCUUUAAUGGUUUCAGUUAUCUCUAGGGUUUGGGUAGUGACUGUAUUUAUACCCCUAGCGUCCUCGUCCUCCUCGUUAUCCUCUAUUACUACUGCGUAUGCUGCUACUGAUUCCUUAUUUUUACUUAUCUUAUUAAUGUUCCUGAUGACGUUCUGUUUAUUUGGUUUCUUAUUUGCUUCUUGACUUUGUUCCUGGUCCCUUUUAAAAUAUUCGACUAGCAUAUUUACAUGAUAAGUCUUUCUUUUUCCUUUCUCUAAUAUGACAUAGUUAAGUUCCCCUAUUUUGUCUAAUACUUUAUAUGGACCAUGCCAACGGGCUCUUUGUAGUUUACUCCCCGUGGAGGGUUUCAUGACUACCACUAAACUCCCUAUAGUAAUGGUUUUAUUACGGGCUUUCCGGUCGUAUAUUUGCUUUUGUUUAAUCCUAGCUUCUUUUAGGUUCCCACUUGCCAGUGUGCCACUCACUCUUAGUUGGUUCCGUAAUUUUUCAAUGUACUCAUGAGUUGUUUUUUCCUCUGCCUGGUCAGUCUUACCAGCAAAAAUGUUUCUUAGAAUAUUUAUGGGUCCUCUUAUCUUUCGCCCGAACAUCAAAUCAAAAGGUGAAAACCCUGUUGAUUCAUUUUUGCUAUCCCUAUAGGCGAAUAAGAUACCUGGGACGUGUGAUUCCCAGUCUUUAGGAUGAUCAAUCGACACUUUAGUGAGUAAUGUUUUUAGGGUGCCGUUGAAUCGUUCGACCAUACCAUUGCUUUGCGGGUGUAACGGGGUACUGAAACGUUGGUUUAUGCCCAUCAGUUUAGUGACUUGGCUCAUCAGAUCGCAUUUAAAUUGACCUCCAUUGUCGGAUAAAAUUUCGUCUGGUAACCCCAUUCUAGUGAAUAUUGUCAGAAGUGCCUCCUGUAUGUUCUCGGCAGUUAUUCUUUUAAGGGGGAUUGCUUCUGGCCACCUAGUCGCGGUGUCCACAAGAGUGAGGAUAUAACGAUAUCCCUUUGUGGAUGUUGGUAUUAUGGGGCCAACGAGGUCAAUAGCUACUUUCCCCCAGGGCUUGUCGAUUAACUCCAUUUCGCCCAGGGGGGCAAUUCCUCCAGCGCUUUGGUUUUUCACUUUUUGACACACGUCGCACGUCUUACAAUAGUUUCUUACAUCUUUCGCUAUGCCAGGCCACCAGAAUUCUUCCAAGGCUCUUGCCUUUGUUCGGGCUAUCCCCAUAUGUGCAGAUAAGCUGUUAUCAUGCGCUAUUUCUAGCACUAUAUUUCGUAACGACUUGGGGACAGCUAAUUGUUCCCAAACAUUGUUCUGACCCUUGCUACUAUGACAAAACUCUCUAACUAAAAGUCCAUCUCUGUAUCUAAAUUGUGAUGGUCUACCCGCCCUAAGUUGUCUUCUGGCGUGCUCGUGCGUACGUCUCAGUGUGAAGUCGUUUUGUUGUAACGUUCUAAACUUGUCCUCCGUAACCUCUAGUUCUGUUAUGUGUCGUUUUAUUGGGUCAAUGUCCUCUGACCUUUUACCCUGUGCCCUGGUAACAACUGCGGCUGUAACUACGGUAUUACCUCCCAUUGUUGCCCCCUUUAUGUUUCCAAUAAUUAAAUCAACUGGUGGGUCGUUUAAUAGAGCCGCCUUAGACCAUCCUGUAAAGUAUUGUGACUUUAUGUAUACAUUUCCUAGUUUGUAAACCCUCUUCUGCCCAUCAAACAAAAUACAUGUCACUGUUUCGUUUACCCUUUUUCCCUUUAAUCUCCCUAAAAUAGAUUCCCUUACUCCCACAAUUUCACAGCCCGUGUCCCUUAUUACUUUUACCUUAACCCCAUUUACUUCUCCCUCCGUAAUAACUAUCCCUGAUUUCUUGCUCUCGACACAACUAAAAGUAGCCUUCCCUUUCCUGCCCCAUUUUCCGUCCCUUCUUUGUCACCUUUUAUCCCCCCUGUUCACAUAACUGGUUCCUUCUCUAAACUUCCUGUCCCCGUGGUAUUGCUGUAAAUUUCUGCAAUUCUCGGUGUUGUGUCCCACUAAGCGGCAGAAAUGACAGUAACGUUUUUCCCACUCUGUGUUCCUGUAAACUUGUUGCUUUGUAUUUCCUUCCUGUCCCUUAGCGUUUAAAGCCAAGCAUGACACACCUGAUGGUCCAUGUGUGUCAGACCCCCGUGCGUCCGUGCGUGUCAGGACUUUAGUAGGGUGUGCAGCCAUGUAAUUGUCCCCGGUCGCAAUGACGGCAUCAAGAGUCAUAUUGUUUGUUUCCAAUAUGUGUUCCACUAUGUCUUCAUUUACCGUCUGUAGUAUUUUGUCUACCACUGUUAGUGCGAACAGAUUGUCAUAGGUCUUCUCUGACUUGGAUAAUUCAAUCCACCUGGCUAGGUAAUGGCUUAUCCUGUUCGCAUAUGGCAUCAGACCCUCGUCUUUGUCCGGUGUCAUCUUUGCCAGUUUAUCUCUGUAGCCCUGAGCUGUAAGCCUAAACUGUUUUGAGAGUGCCGUUUUUACCUCAUCAUACGUGGCCUCCGUUCCUGUCACGCGUCCUGCGAAACAAACUGGGAGUAGUUCGGGUGGCAUUAAUUUUCUUAGUUCAUUAUUCCAAGUCUCGAUUGGCCAUUUGUUCUGUCUUGCUUCAUCCUCAAACCGUAUGAGGAAGAAGUCCAAAUGGUCAGCACGCCCGUCGAACAUUGGUAUUUUGUUCUUAGAACGACCUGUGUCGGUCGAUUGUUCUCUAUCCUGGUUUGAUCCUUUCCCCUUUUCUAACUCAGCCAUUUUCAUUUCAUGUUCUUGUAUUCUUUUUUUUUCUUCCCGCUCAUAUGCACGAAUGUCCCUUUCCUCAUCGCGAAUCUCUCUUUCCCUUCUUGUUAUCCAUUCUUUCGCUUCCUCCCCUUCUAAUCCCAAAUCUAUUGCCAUUUGUUUAAUUUCGGCAAUAGUAGGUAACGACAUUUUUAUCUCUAAGUCUUAUGUCAAUAUAUAUGUUUACACAAAAUUUACAAAUAGGAAAUGGAUCAAAUGAAAUGAGUAAUAAAACAAUAGAAAUUGCAAAUCUAAUAACUAAAUAAUGUACUUAAAAUAAUUACUUGUGAUGGUUCUCUUGAUGGGUGGCACUGGGAUUUCGUACGUAUUGAGAAGUAUAAUCCAUGUGUUCAUUUGUAUUCUUGUAGGUAGAUAGGGUUGGAAUGUCUGGUGUCUCCAAUAAUCCAAUGUCACUAAAAGUUAAGGUUGGUAUAGCUGUAUGGUUGGUUUGCACGGCUUUCCUCUGGACUGGUAUGGCCGUGAUGAUUGUUUCGAAGAGCUGGUGUGUCUGGUUGGUCAGGCCCUCUCUGUGAUGAAUGGUAGGCUGGUAGGGUUCUUUGGACGAUAUGAUUUUGCUUUAACGGCCUCCACUGUGCAGUAUGGUCUGGUAUGGUUUGUUUGGACUUAGAUGAACCUUUGAACCACGUACCGAAUGAUGAGCUGGUAUGGUUGGAUCGUGCUCCCACGGUGGCUAAUUGCGCGCUUAGAUGGCUGCUCCACUGUGGUGGAUGGUUAGGGUUGAUAUGGCUGCAUCGAACGGCCUCCCCUUUGGCUGAUGGUAGGCUUGGAUGGUUUCUUUGAUGAGCCGCGACGAUGGCGAAUGAUUUAUAUGGUUAAUCCACUGUGGAUGGUUGGUAGACUUGGAUAGGUGCUCCACUGUGGUGGAUGGUUGCUCCACUGUGGUGGAUGGUAGACUUGGAUGAUAUGGCUGCUUCGACGGGCCCCCACUGUGACGUGACGUAUGUUGUCUAGGGGUCGGUCCCCUCUGUACUAGCCACAGAACAAUUUUACAAGGGUCUAGAACCCCUUUAUUUCCAGCUCCUACAGAGCUGACUCUUGCUCCAAGUAUCAACAAACAAUUCAGGGUUUCAGGUUUUCUUAUUUAUUGGCUAUGUGUGCCUAUAUGCCACUACACAAAACAGUUAAAGUUACACAAGUCCUCUUCCAUCCGUAGAAAAACUCACUGCCUUCAUAAGACAAAAAUCAUACACCAUAUCCACAGCACUCGCCACUGUUCACUCCUUCAAAACUCAACUCACACACGUCUUAUUCUCUCCGACACAGCACACCGGUCAUACCUUGACCGAGAAAAAUAAAAACUCGUGGGGCACACGGGGAAAAUAAACUCACCCACGAUUGGUCAAAUUAACAUUAUAAAAGUUGACACAGAAAACUCACGCGAUCUGACCGUGACAAUGAGCCCCUAGUCCCGCUUUGUCUCAGGAGUCUUCGGCUCCCUUGAUUUUUUUCUCCGCAACGCCCAUCAAAAUGACUUAAGGGGACUUGUAUAUACGCAGUGAAACCUAUCUAUAAAUAGCUCAAACCUCAAACACUUGGACCGUAAAAAAAGUGGUGCUGUUUGUAGGUUCAGUUAUUGUUUAAAAAUGAGUCUCGGUUACGAGGCGAGUUGGCGCCUAUUCCAGGGACAGAGCUAUUUCAAGUUUCGUUAUUUACAGGUAUCACUAUGUAAAAAUCACUAUAUAUAUAUAUACACACAGUGCUUUUUUUGUGCCGGUACGAUUUUACAAAUCAUAACAAAUGUGUACGGUAUACUAAUAAAAUAAUAAUAAAACAAUUUAAGUUUGUUAAUUAAAAAAUAAAAUUGUUUUAGACAUUUAGUAUCUUUGCAAUUGUGAUUUAGCUUGCAUCGAGGUGCGAACUGGUAGUUAAAAGUUAGGCAAUCCACCACUGAGUACCGGCACCUAUUUUUGUACAACAAAAGCACAGUAAUAAUAUAUAUAUAUAUAUAUAUAUAUAUAUAUAUAUAUAUGUAUGUAUGUAUAUGAAAUAUAAUUGUGAAAACAGAGCAGAUGGUGUUUUUUUUUAACUUAGCAAUAAUUAUAAAAAAAUUGUAUACCUUUAUAUUUAUAUAAAUGUAGUUUCAUAUUGUGUUUUAUGUGAUUUAGCUUGCAUAGAGGUGCGAACUGGUAGUUAAAAGUUAGGCAAUCCACCACUGAGUACCGGCACAUAUUUUUGUACAACAAAAGCACAGUAAUAAUAUAUAUAUAUAUAUAUAUAUAUAUAUAUAUAUGUAUGUAUGUAUAUGAAAUAUAAUUGUGAAAACAGAGCAGAUGGUGUUUUUUUUUAACUUAGCAAUAAUUAUAAUAAAAUUGUAGACCUUUAAAUUUAUAUAAAGGUAGUUUCAUAUUGUGUUUUUAAAGAAUUUAAACUUGUGAAGUUUAAAACAAAUAAAUAGAUAAUAAACCGGUAUAUGCUAACAACGGGAAGUAAGACUUCGGCUUAUAAGUAGGAGCGGCCUAUUUUUGGAACACUGUUGUCGUCCUUUCUUCGCAUGCGAACUUGACAAAAGCUUUAUAACACGGCUAGCACGUAGGUUGUUUGCCAGUUUGUGCCCGGAAAGGUUUCCCGCAAGUGGGACCCUCGUUGUUUUGGGUGCCAGUAGUUGCUAGCAGGAUUUGAGUCUCACUUCUGCUCUUCCUUGCAGUGUGCUUUCUUUAGGCGUGAGCGGUGCACUUAUUCUCUGAGGAUCAUGCUCCGACAGCGAGUCUGCCAAGCCAGCCUGUGUGCUCCGACAGUGAGUCUGCCAAGCCAGCCUGUGUGCUCCGACAGUGAGUCUGCCAAGCCAGCUUGUGUGCUCCGAUAGUGAGUCUGCCAAGCCAGCCUGUGUGCUCCGACAGUGAGUCUGCCAAGCCAGCCUGUGUGCUCCGACAGUGAGUCUGCCAAGCUAGCUUGUGUGCUCCGAUAGUGAGUCUGCCAAGCCAGCCUGUGUGCUCCGACAGUGAGUCUGCCAAGCCAGCCUGUGUGCUCCGACAGUGAGUCUGCCAAGCCAGCCUGUGUGCUCCGACAGUGAGUCUGCCAAGCCAGCCUGUGUGCUCCGACAGUGAGUCUGUCAAGCCAGCAUGUGUGCUCCGACAGGCAGUUUGCCUCGCCAGCUUGCAUGAUCCGUUUUAAGAGUCUCCCACAAAUCAAGGUCAAUGUCUAUGGAUGUGAAGGACGCUUUUAGACAUUCCUUGAAGCGUUGUUUUUUCUGCCUACCAUCUGAACGUUCCCCAUUGGACAGUUGACUGACCAUUAGUUCUGGAAAGCCUGCGGUCUGGCAUUCUUGCGACAUGCCCUACCCACCUGGCGUGUCCUUUUUGUAGGAGUGUGUGGAUGCUGAUAAAGUCAUCCCGUUGUAGGACCACUGUAUCAGGGACUCUGUCCUGCCACCUCAUGUCAAGAAGUUUCCGUAGGCGGCGUAGGUGGAGUUGGUUUAACUGUCUAGCCAGGGCCAGGCCCUGCGUCAAGCCUCACUAUUCUCCCGUGAAUGCCUGCACAUUUAAAGAAAAUAGAACAAACUACCUUCGACCGUGCAGGUGUUGCUUAACAGAAUGAAACGAUGCCCUCAUCUCAUGUGUCCUUGUUAGGAUUACCGUAUAUUACCUAUUAAGUGCAUCACCUUUUACCUCCAAAACUGUUUCUUCGUGCUUGCAUUGACUUAUUCCAACAAUAAAAUAGCUCACCGCUGAAAUCGCCCUCUAACCUUUCCCUCUAACCUCACCAUCUAACCUCACCUUCUAACCUUUCCAACCUCACCUUCUAGCCUUGCUCUCUAGCCUCACCCUUUAACCUCUCCUCAUAUGAAGGAGUCAAGCAGGCAAAAGAUGCGUUAAACAAAAAGAGCAUUACGUAAGGUCACAUUUAGAGACUGCCAUUCCAGGUUUGGACUCAUUAGUAAUUUGAUGAAAUGCUUUUUGGAGCCAUCAGAACACCACGAUGAUCGAUCUUUGCCGAGUCUUCCAUGUUUACGGGUUUAUAUUGAACGCUUUCAAUGCAGCGUUUAGGUUGUCUUUAUACCGUUUUUUUGUAACCCCCCCCCCCCCGCGCCAAAGCAAGCCUCUUUCCAUCCAUGCUCAAGCUCACCGAGAAAUAUUUUUUGGGGCAAGCGGUCGUCUGAUGUUCAACGCAACAUUACCGCACGUUGUCAAAAUUAACGAAUUCUCAAUGUUGUCGAAAUUAACGAAUGUUUUCAAGACUACCCGGUGCUGUCUUAAACAAUGGUGAACACACUAUUUAUUCGCCAGUCUCAGUAUUCUAUUAUAAUGACGAGACCGUGUUGUUGACGUUUCAAGUUGCUAUGGCUGUUUAUAACUUUCACUCAUUGUUUUGCUUUGCUUUUGAUAACAUGUAGCUUUUUCUGAAAGUUAUGAACAUGAAAUGAAUUGCAUCUUACAUUCCAGCGUCAAUCAUCAACGAAUCGACGCCACACGACAGCCGCCACUACAGCUUCAGCAACAACGGCUCCACACUCACCGUCAACAACAUCGAUAAGCCCGACUUUGGUUUGUACUAUUGCCUGGUACUCACCCGCCCCUUCACCGUGCACGCCACCGUCAGGUUGGGCGUGAACAUCAACGGGCCGUACUUCGGCGACCUGAUGGAGAGGUACGCCACCAACAUGAAGAUGGGUCUCGCUGCGGGCGGGGUGAUGUUCCUCAUCAUGGCCAUGUUUUGUUUCAACUACGACCAGUUCCAGGCCAGGCACGACAAGCCCAGAGGCUUGACGAACGCCAAAAGCUCGCGUCCCAAACAGGACCUCAACUCACAGGAGCUGUGCCACGUGAAUAGCGGCUUUGUCGAUGACGCAACGACUGCCGGCGCGUCCCCAGAGGACGAGGGUGUACACAACUGGGUCAACAAAAGCGUGCUCGUGUCUGAAGUGAACGAGGACAAAACGAGUUUCUAGGAAUCCUCGAUAAAACUAUGACUGCUGCUAAAUUAGAUAUCUUAUGGAACGGGGCAUCCAUUUAUCCAUCACCUCCAACCCCAGCCCCACACCCCGAAUGAAAAAUGAAGGAAGAGAAGAACAGAAGAAAUAAACAAAUAAAAAAUAUAUUUAAAAAAACCUUUAUACCCAUGGAUUUAUUAAUUAUUAAAUUUUAGGCGUUAAAAACAUGUUUUUCUUGUAAAAAGGGGAGGUAAUUUGAGAUCACUAAUAUCUUUACUCUACAGAAAAGGUUUUCUAUCUUGUGGUCCAUGGACCUCCCAAAGGAGUCAUUGAAAAGAUGUCAGGGGUCCUUUAGCUGCACUUCCUGUGUAAUUUUAGUGUACGCUUUAAAACAGGCCCAUGCAACAUACGGCCCGGGGGCUGCAUGUGGCCCGCCAGCACAUAGCGAAG